AUGUUUUGUGUGUUCCCAACGGCAGAGUCCCUGGUGGCCAUAGCCCGGCCGUCGCUUCUUGUUCUGGCUUUGUGGGUAGACGCAAUUGUGAAUACGCAAUAUGACGAUGUGCUGCCUCACAUGCUGGCCAGCGGUCUGACGACUACCGACAUUGCGGGCAAUGUCAUUGAAAUCACUACCGAUUGGAUUUACAAGGAUAGUAAUGUGGCUAACCCAAUAUUCACAGCCUUUGGCGCAGCCAAUUCCCCCUGGUGCCAAACAGGCACAAAUUACCUGUUGCCAUCCUCAGCCCGUACGCUGAGCUACCGAGCUCUGUGAAAUCCGCCGAGGAGCUGUUCUGCGUCAUGACCCAUGCGCUGACAACCAUAUUUAAUGUCUCCAAAAUAUGCAGCCGCGCAGUGUACAGAAUUACAACCAAAAAUAAGUAUCUGGGUUUUCCACGAUGAA